UUAUUCUCUUCUCAGUGGGAGCCGGUGCAGUACUUCAACAACAAGAUCAUCUGUGACCUGGUGGAGGAGAAGUUCAAAGGCAUCAUCUCCAUCCUGGAUGAGGAGUGUCUGCGACCCGGAGACGCCAGUGACCUCACCUUCCUGGAGAAGCUGGAGGACACCGUGGGAGGACACCCUCACUUCGUCACUCACAAGCUGGGUGAUACAAAGACCAGGAAGGUAAUGGGCCGCGAGGAAUUCAGACUGCUGCAUUACGCUGGAGAGGUCAACUACAAUGUGAAUGGAUUCCUGGACAAGAACAACGACCUGCUCUUCAGGAACUUAAAAGAAGUCAUGUGCCUGUCGGAGAACAAGAUCCUGAACCAGUGUUUUGACAAAGAGGAGCUGAGUGACAAGAAACGUCCAGAAACGGCGGCCACUCAGUUCAAAGCCAGUCUGGCGAAACUCAUGGAGAUCCUCAUGUCGAAGGAGCCGUCGUACGUCCGCUGCAUCAAACCCAAUGACUCCAAGCAAGCAGGUCGAUUUGACGAUGUCCUGAUCCGCCACCAGGUCAAGUACCUGGGUCUGAUGGAGAACCUGAGGGUGAGGCGAGCCGGCUUCGCUUACAGGCGGCGCUAUGAGGUCUUCCUGCAGAGGUAUAAGUCUCUGUGUCCGGACACGUGGCCCAACUGGGAGGGGAAACUGUCUGAUGGAGUGGCCACGCUGGUCAAACACCUGGGAUACAAGCCUGAGGAGUACAAACUGGGCAGAUCCAAGAUCUUCAUCCGAUUCCCAAAAACCUUGUUUGCCACCGAGGAAGCACUUGAGACCAGGAAACAUAGUCUUGCCACCAAGCUGCAGGCCGGAUGGAGAGGCUACAGCCAAAAGUCCAAAUACCAAAAACUCAGAACCUCAGCUAUUGCCGUCCAGGCGUGGUGGAGAGGGAUCCUGGCCAGGAGGAGAGCGCAGCGCAGGCGAAAAGCUGCUGAUGCUAUCCGCAGGUUCGUCAAAGGCUUCAUCUACCGCCACAGAGAGCGCUGUCCGGAGAACGAGUACUUCCUGGACUACGUGCGCUUCUCGUUCCUCAUGAAGCUGCGCAGGAACCUGCCCAAGAACGUCCUGGACAAGAGCUGGCCGACACCUCCGGCUGCUCUCACUGAGGCUUCAGAACAUUUGCGUAAGCUGUGCAUGCAGAACAUGGUGUGGAGCUACUGCAAGAAGAUCAGUCCCGAGUGGAAACACCAGAUGGAGCAGAAGAUGAUCGCCAGUGAGCUCUUCAAGGACAAGAAGGACAACUACCCGCAGAGCGUGCCCAAACUGUUUGUCAGCACCAGACUCAACGGAGAGGACAUCAACCCCAAGGUGGUGCAGGCUCUGGGCAGCGAGAAGAUGAAGUACGCAGUGCCGGUCACCAAGUACGACAGGAAAGGCUACAAGGCUCGGCCCCGCCAGCUGCUGCUCACCUCCAACUGCGCCGUCAUCGUGGAGGAGGCCAAACUCAAGCAGCGCAUCGACUACGGAACUCUGAAAGGUAUCUCAGUGAGCUCUCUCAGCGACGGCUUGUUUGUUCUGCACGUGCCCAGUGACGACAACAAACAGAAGGGAGACGUGGUUCUGCAGAGCGACCAUGUGAUCGAGACCUUGACCAAGAUAGCGAUCUGUUCCGACAAAGUAAACAACAUCAACAUCAACCAGGGAAGCAUAACGUUUACAGUGGGUCAGGGGAAAGAGGGGACCAUUGACUUCACGCCCGGAUCAGAACUGCUGGUGGCCAAGGCUAAGAACGGACACCUGUCUGUGACGGCUCCCAGACUGAACUCCAGAUGAUGGACUCCCAUCUUCCAAUCACACGCCAGCAGACCCUGCUCUGCCUAAGCCAAUCAGACGCCAGCUUGUCACCUCAUUGAUGGCAUGUGCUUCCAAUUAAAAAAUAAAUUUAAAAAACAAUUUAAAAAAAAAAGAAAGAAAUCUAGCUAAACUAAUUGAUAUAUUUAUGUUUAUAUAUUAUAUUUUUGGGGGAGUUAAUACUGUUUGAAUAUUCUGAUUUUAUAUAUGAGGCCAAGGAAUAACAAAUAUUUUUGGUGCACUUUUCUUGCACCGCGUGUGUUUAUUGUGCUUUUAUUUUGGAAAAUGACCAAGAAAACAAUGAGGGACGAGUCAAGAGUCAAUGUUGUUGAUGAAAAUCAGGGUUAGUUGUUGCCUGUUGCCUCUUUUUUUUUUUUUUUUACUGUUUUCUGCCCGUUUUACAGGAUUAAUUGCUGACACGGCGUUUUCUAACUGGGGUGGACGAUUAUUGUUGUUGAAGGCUGACGGUAUGUAGGAGAGCUGUUUAGAGGUGGAUGAGGAAGUGUCCAGAUGUGGCUCACUAAAAAAAAACAGAAUAAACAGUUUGAUGUACUACUGAAUAUAA